AUGGCCAAUGGGGGCGCGUGGCAAGCGGAGAGGCGCGUGCGUGCACAUGACAUGUGUGCGCCGUGCGCGGCGCCCACUGGGAUGGGAAAGGGUAACGGUAGCAGCGGCACGCCCAAUCACAUGCGCCGCCUGUGCGGUGCCAAUCCUUCUUCCCCGUUCCUUCCCCUGCCCUGGCGCCUGGCGGAGCAAGCGUGUUUGUCGCAGCUUGGGGUGGUGAAUGGUAACGGUGAGGUGGUGGACGCGGACGAGUUGGUGGGCCAGCUGCGGGUGCUCAAGGCAGCCGGAGUGGAUGGGGUCAUGGUCGACUGUUCGUGGGGGAACGUCGAGGCGCACAGGCCGCAGGAGUACAACUGGACUGGCUACAGGCGCCUCUUCCAGAUGAUCAGGGAGCUCAAGCUCAAGUUGCAGGUCGUCAUGUCAUUUCAUGAAUGCGGUGGCAAUGUUGGAGAUGAUAUAUCCAUUCCCCUCCCACAUUGGGUAAUAGAGAUUGGACGGAACAAUCCGGAUAUCUACUUUACUGACAGGGCAGGAAGACUUAAUACAGAGUGCUUAUCAUGGGGAAUUGAUAAAGAAAGGGUUCUGCAAGGCAGAACAGCAGUGGAGGUAUAUUUUGAUUUCAUGAGAAGCUUCCGAGUAGAAUUCGAUGAGUAUUUUGAGGAUGGGAUCAUCUCAGAAAUUGAGAUUGGACUAGGGGCUUGUGGAGAGCUGCGAUAUCCAUCUUAUCCAGCAAAACAUGGCUGGAAAUACCCUGGCAUUGGAGAAUUUCAGGAGAUUAUGAGCUACUAUGGCCUGUUUUUCCUCAGCUGGUACUCCCAGACGUUGGUGAAUCAUGCGGACCGUGUACUGAUGUUAGCAAGGUUGGCUUUUGAGGGUUCAAACAUUGCUGUUAAGGUCUCUGGGGUGCACUGGUGGUACAAAACUGCCAGUCAUGCUGCUGAAUUGACCGCCGGAUUUUACAACCCAUGUAACCGUGAUGGCUAUGCUCCAAUUGCUGCAGUAUUGAAGAAAUAUGGUGCUGCUUUGAACUUUACAUGUGUUGAAUUGCGCACUAUGGACCAGCAUGAGGUAUACCCUGAGGCAUUUGCAGACCCAGAGGGCCUAGUAUGGCAGGUGCUAAAUGCUGCUUGGGAUGCUGGUAUACAAGUGGCUAAUGAGAACGCUCUACCUUGCUAUGAUAGGGAUGGAUUCAACAAGAUUUUGGAGAAUGCCAGACCACUGAAUGACCCAGAUGGACAGCAUCUGUUUGGUUUCACCUACCUAAGGCUUAGCAAAGUUCUGUUUGAAAGACCCAACUUUUUUGAAUCUGAGCGCUUCGUCAAGAGAAUGCAUGGUGAGGCGGUUCUUGAUCUGCAAGUAUAG